AUGUUCCCGCGUGAGCUUUACAGCGUGCCCUUCUCCCUUCUCCUCCACCACCAGCGAAGCCCUAUCUCCCUUCUCCUCCACCACCAGCGAAGCCCUAUCUCCCUUUCUCCCUUCUCCGCCACCACCAGCGAAGCCCUGUCUCCCUUCUCCGCCACCACCAGCGAAGCCCUAUCUCCCUUUCUCCCUUCUCCUCCACCACCGGCGAAGCUCCAAGCUCCUCCACCACGCUCUGGUGGUUAUGAAAAUUUGUCGUUUGAUGAGAGAAAGUGUAGAAAUUAUGUGGCUGAAGCACGGAGAUUAAGGCUUGGGAAUGGUGAUGCAGAAGCCUUGAAUAAUUACUUUUGUCGUAUGCAAAGUAGAAAUUCAAAUUUCUUUUAUGUAAUUGAUGUAGAUGAAGAUUCUCGCAUCAGAAAUAUAUUUUGGGCUGAUGCAAGAUGUAGGGCUGCAUGUGAUUCUUUUUCUGAUGUCGUUACAUUUGAUACCACAUAUCUUACUAAUAGUUAUGAUAUGCCAUUUGCUCCCUUUGUUGGAGUAAAUCAUCAUGGUGAAUCCAUAUUACUUGGUUGUGGUUUGAUAUCUAAAGAAGAUUCAGAAACUUUCAUUUGGUUAUUUAAAUCAUGGUUGGCAUGCAUGAGAGGAAGAGCUCCACGAGCUAUUAUUACGGAUCAAUGCAAAGCCAUGGAAAUUGCAAUUCUUGAGGUAUUUCCAGACUCUCAUCAUCGUUUAUGUCUUUGGCAUAUUAUGAAAAAACUUCCAGCUAAGUUUAGUAGUCAUGCCAACUAUAAGUUGAUAAAGAGAAACUUGAAGAAUAUUGUUUAUAAUUCUUUGACAUCUACAGAAUGUGAUAGCAACUGGAAAAAGUUUAUCAAAGAAUUUAACUUGGAGAAAAAUGAUUGGUUGAAUUCUUUAUAUGAAAUUCGUCAUAAGUGGAUGCCUGUGUAUGUGAAAGAUAAAUUUUGGGCAAGAAUGUCGACAAGUCAAAGAAGUGAAAGUAUGAAUGCUUUUUUUGAUGAUUAUGUUCAUUCAAAAAUAACUUUGAAGCAGUUUGUUGAACAAUAUAACAAUGCUUUGAAAAGCAAGAUUGAAAAGGAAGAUAAUUCUGAUUUUGCUUCUUUUAAUUUAAUAAUUCCGGUCAUCAGUGGCAAUCCAAUUGAAAAGCAGUUCCAAAGUGUUUACACUAACAAGAUAUUUAAGUUGUUUCAAAAUGAACUACGAGGCUUGAUGUUUUGUAAUACUUUAUUUGUGAAGGAAGAAGGAUCAACAUUGUUUUUUGAGGUGAUGGAAACUGUAUAUGGAAAAGAUGGAACAACUCCAAAAGAGAUUUCCUUUUGGGUAAAAAGAAAAGUCACUACAGUUCCAGAACAUUAUAUUUUAGAACGAUGGCGUAAAGACAUUAAAUGUGGAUAUCAAGGAAUCACUAAUAUUUAUGAUGAUUCUUGUCAGCAUGCAGAGGAAAGACGAAGAUAUAAUAACCUUCAACCAUUGUUACAGGAAGUGGGACAACUUGGGUCAAAAAAUGAUGAGAGCAACAUAAUACAUGAGGAAUCAAGAAAUGAGAGCAAAAAGUUUCACAGUCCACUGAAAGUAAGGUCUCGUGGGCGUCCACCGACGAAAAGAAAACAAUCAAAACUUGAGCAAAUUGAGAAAAGGGCAAAGGCAAAGUCUCGAAAAAAGGGUUCUACAAUUGAUAGAAAGCAAGAUGAGUUAUCAAACAUUGAACAAAUUGAUAAAUUUUCAGAGAGUCAGAGAUUGUUUAGAUUGGAUAAAGAACUGCUGGUUCUUAAUGAUAUUAUUCAAACAAUGGAGAGAACAAGGUCUUUUGAGAAGCCUAUUGAUUUGUUACAAAUGCAUACUGAUUUGUUCAAGGUAUCUUCUCUUAUCCAGGAAGACACAAAUGAUGGCUUGAUGGUAGAUGCUCAUGAUUCUCUGUUUGUUCCAAGAAGGCGAGAGUGCAAAGAUGAAUUUUGA